AUUGCCAUUUUUAAAUAAUUGUAUAAUUUUCCGAAUAAUAAUAAUCUUCUGGUUUUUAGCUUAUAAGUUUGUAAAAUGUUAUUGUAUCAUUACAUUAUCACAGUGUUUGUAAAAGUGGUAAAACUAUACUGUAACAGGGCAUGCUGCGUGUGUAAAGUGGUUUAGAAACAUAAAACAUUAUAAUAGUAGGGUGGGGGAAGAUGGGACACCGUUUCAUUUAAUUUUGUUGUCCCAUUUGGUCGUAAACAGAGAACUUUCAAAGAAUUAUAAAACCGUAUCAUCACGACUGCCAUGGACCGUUGUUAAUUGUUUAAAACACGAUCAGGAUAUUUAGAUAUUAUGUGCUAAAGGUGUCCCAUCUUACCCCACAGUACUCUAUCAGUCUGUUAUGUAAAAACAUUUAUUUUUCGAUUUUUUUUUUCUGGGUUGUGUUGGAAAUUAAGAAAAAAUCAAAUAAAAAAACGUGUAUAAUUUAUUGUACCACAUAUCAUGUGUUACUGUUUUAUUUCCAAAGACAUGAAAUGGUACAUAUUAUGUUUGUUUGUACAUAUCUUCUUUGCAUUAAGGCUUUAUAGUAUAGUCACGAUGAAUUGCUAUAUUUCACAUGUUGUAUACUCCAUUACCAUUAUGGAAAUUUAUGCAAAUCGUGCAUUACAUAUUUAUGUAACUAAAAUUUUUGUCUAAAUAGUCUUAAUCCAAUACAUUACUUGCUGUUAGUAUCUUAAUCAAGGUGAAUUAGAAACAUAAAUAUUGCAAAAUAACCUCAAUUUAUAACCUGAUACUUUUUCUACUUUUCACGCGUGAUAGAUUUUGGUGAUACAUGAUACGCCCAUGAAUGAUUAUUCACUUGAGCAAUUGAUCAUAUUUUCAUUUUCAGAUGCAUUGGUAUUUCUAAAAAGGUAUUUCUGUAUAAUAAUGUCAAUAAGGAUUCUUACACCUGCUGUACGUUGUUUAAAUUAUCAUGGAACAGAAACUGUUAACAUCAUAUCCAUGCCACGUCGAAAUGUUUUGAAAAGAUUUUCUUCUUCAUUCGUUCAACCGAAACGCCCAACUUUAAAAUCUGACGAUUCGAAAACCUCCUUUGUUCCUGGCAGAGAAGACCCAAAACUUUUCAGUUCCGAAUACAUUCCUCCACUAGUGCGGCCAGAAUGGCAUAGAAAUAAACUAAAAUAUCGCUUGGAGAGAAUGGAUUGUUUGAGGCGCAGAAAUGUUGUGAAUAUUCCAGAGUUUUAUCCUGGCUCAAUUCUCGCAGUUACAGUGUAUGAUCAGCACGCUGCAGGUCAACAAUCAAGGUUUGUGGGUCGUUGUUUAUAUCGCGAUGGUUUCGGACUCGGCUGCAAGUUUUUGCUUCGAAAUAUUGUUGAAGGGGAAGGCAUUGAAAUAGUAUAUCAACUCUACAGCCCAGUGAUGUUAAAAUAUGAAGUCUUAAGGUUGGAGAAAUGGCUAGAUACUGACUUACGUUACUUACGAGAUGCAGACCCUGAUUAUUGUACAAUAAGUUUUGAUAUGCCAGCUGAAGCUCCACUGCCUCCUACAGAAGAAUUACCUGUGUUUAAGGGUAAAGUCAAAAUGAAGAAAUUUGAACUAUGGAAUUACAACUAUCAUAAAGCAUGGCCACGCCCAUACAAUGCAUAUCUUGAAGAAUAUUUUGUUCAAGAAGAUUUUAUGGAGCAAAAAGUCAUGCAAGAGAAAAGGGGCCAUGGACAUUUGCAGUAUGAUAUAUGUAAACAUUAUGACACGAGGCAAAUGAAAGAAGAAAUAAUGAAAGAAAUGAAAUUGAACCAAAAACGAAUCGAAGCUGUUGAUAAAAAGAUAUCAUGAUUUAAAUUUUGAAAAUCUUUUUUUUAAUAAAACAAUUACCAAAAAC